AACGAGUGGACUCCUGAUGCUCCGGAGAAUUUCAUUCUACUCGCCAGCUACCAGACUUCGCUCAGCUUCUCCUGGAAUCCGGCGAAAGUGAAAAAUGGCAGCAUUUUUGAGUACCGGUUGAUCGUGCACCCUGUCGAACGGAAUGACCUCUCCUGGUCCCGCUUCUUCCCCAAAGGCACCGACAUCGGCUACACUGUGAUCGACCUCCUCCCCAGUGUCACCUACCGAUGCACCCUGUACGCGAUCUCCUACGCCAACGUGAUGGGCGAACCGGUAUCCCUUCUGGCCACUACCGUGCCUUCAGGCUCGUUGGUAGCAUUUGUGCCCACUUUGGGCGUUCCUCUUUGUUGCAGAGCCUUUCACGAGCAAGAUGCACAGGUCUUAAUGGAUGGAAGGGUCUUGGGAUGUCUGGUUGAGGCCAUUCAAUCUUGGCGCAUUGGUUGGCGUCGGGUGAAGAUCCGUUCAAGUAGGAUUUCUUGGAUGCCUCCUCUGUUUGCCUACAAAGGAAGCCCACUUUUUGACCAAGUUCUCCUUAGUUGCUGUCAAGACUGCCAGACCUCGAAAGAGGAAGUUUUUUGA